UAUUUUGAGUCAGCUGAUUGGCUUCCUAAGCUUAAAAACGGAGCCUGGAGCCACAGUCCUGAAGUCUAUCCACGUGUUGUUUUCAAAUCUAUAAAAAUUAAAUAUAAAUAUAUAAAGAAAUCAAAUAAUCUUUAUCAAAAGGAAUAAAACCCCAAAUAUACUCUUCGAAAACAAAAGGAUAUUCCUAUUAUAACCCUCGAAUAUUCUGUCCUUUACAGUUAUAUCUCCCUUCCGAUCUUCCCCCUCCUCUUCUCCUCCUCUCACUUUUCCCCUUCAAACAUUUUCUUCCAGUUUCUCUCAUUUUCCUUCUCUUUCCCACAGAAAUAGAAAAAUUAUAUUCAAAAACGUAAAACCCUUUUCUUCAUUUUCUUUACCAUUUUCACAUUUCUAAAUACAAACCCAAACAUAUAAUCCUAAUUAUUAUAGCUAGGAUGAAGUUUGGGAAAAGCCUGAGUAACCAAAUUGAAGAAACCUUGCCGGAAUGGCGAGACAAGUUUUUGUCCUAUAAGGAUUUGAAGAAGAAAUUGAAGUCUAUUGAGCCUAAAACUAACGGCGUCGUCGGAGAGCGGCCGAGCAAGCGCCCGAAAGUGGAGGCUUUCGGCGGCGAUGCGGUGGAAGCCGGAGAUAAGGAGCACAUGUCUAGGGAGGAGAUCGAUUUCAUUUUGUUGUUGGAAGAUGAGCUCGAGAAAUUCAAUACCUUCUUCGUUGAGAAGGAGGAAGAGUAUAUUAUCAGAUUGAAGGAGCUGCAAGACAUGAUGGCAAAAGCUAAGCCUCACAGUGAUGAGAUGCUGAAGAUACGCAAGGAGAUUGUGGACUUCCAUGGAGAGAUGGUUUUGUUGGAGAAUUACAGUGCUCUUAACUAUACUGGACUGGUGAAGAUCCUCAAAAAGUAUGACAAGAGAACUGGCGCUCUAAUGCGUUUGCCCUUUAUUCAAAAGGUCCUACAUCAGCCUUUCUUCACCACAGACUUGCUCUACAAGCUGGUGAAGGAGUGCGAGACGAUGCUGGAUGGGCUAUUCCCAACAAUUGGACAGCCACCCUCUGCUGAGGCAUCUACUUCUGCUUCUGCCAAUGCCUCUACCACUGCUGCUGCAGACGAUGAAAUGUGUGAUCCUACAACUUCUGCCACUGCAAAGGAUGAAGAAUCCCUUAGAUUUCCCAAGGAACUGGCAGAGAUCGAGUAUAUGGAGAGCUUAUACAUGAAGAGUACUGUAUCUGCUUUAAAGGUUUUGAAGGAAAUUAGGAGUGGAAGCUCGACCGUGAGCGUUUUCUCGUUGCCGCCUCUGCAAGUUAGUGGGUUGGAGGAGGAUGCAUGGAAAGCUGUCCCUGUUCUGGAACAAGCAGCUAAGUAGAAAGUGAAGUAAAGAAUUAGGACAAAGUAUAUAUAUGUCCUUUUGCAUUUCGUUAUAUUUAUAUAUAUUUAUAUUAAAAAUCUUACUAUAUGCACUUGUUUGUGCAUUCCUUAGACAUACUAACACAUAUGGAAAGCAUAAAACUUUAGAUGGAGUGAAUCAGUAGAAUUAUAACUUUUGUAUAAUAUAAUAUUUGGUACAAUAGAAUUAAUACUAUUUUAUUUUAUCGUA